AUUUAGGGCUUGUAAUAAAUUGGGAAAAGACGUGGUAAGAGAAACGCAAGUGCAAGCGCCUGCAACUGUGUGUAAAUUCCCAUUUUCCCACUUAUAAAUAUACCCAUCACUUAAGCGGGAGUUAAUUUGAGUUAUAUAGUUUGUUAUGUUAAAAAAUGGCGCCUUUUUUCUGGCGCUCUCAUCGUUUUCAAGCCCUUUUGAGAACAGUGAGAUAUAGUGUUCGAAACCCAGCAAUGCCAUUGCACGCCUUGUGAAAAACAAGUUCAUAAUGCAGGAGAGCAGGUCCACGGAUCAAAUCACAGCACCGCCAAUCCUCUCUCAAAAUGGCCAGCCCCGAAAGGCUGAAAACUUGAUUGGGUUUAUUGGCAUGGAGGAGUGGCGAGCCGUCAGAAAACCUAAAAAAAUCUUUUCUUCUUCUUCUUCUCUUUAUUUUCCUUGUGGCAGAAAAAAAGAAAUGUCAAGGAUGAAGCAUAAUAAUUACGGCAACAGCAACAGUAAGUAUUUGAAGCCCGGCGCGCUUGCACAGCUAAGGGAUGCGCGCAUUAACACUAGGGCUUCUUCGUGCACAGCCAUUGGGAGGAAGAGGGUUUUGGUCGUUGAUUAUGCUAAGAUUAAUGGCAGUAGUAACAGUUCAGGAGAAAAGGGAGCGGCAAAUGCGGCAGCAACGGGCGAGGAAAGCAAAGUACAUUUGGCGUCCCCUCAAAAGAAAAUGUUCUUCUUCCCCAACAACCCUUCUACCCCUGUUACGCCAAAGACCCCCACGCCUCAAGAUGAAGCCCAAGAUUCUCAGCUUGAAUCUCGUCUGGAGUCCCUGCCAGUUGAUCUUCUGCUUAGGAUUCUCUGUCUUUUGCAUCACGAUCAACUUAAAACGGUUUUUCACGUUUCUCAGCGUCUUCGAAAAGCGGCUCUAGUAGCUAGACAGUGCUAUUUCAAUUACACAACACCAGAUAGAUCGCGACAAGAAAUGCUAAGGUUGACAACUCCACGCCCUGAUGAACAUUGGCCUUUCUUAGAUGGAGUUGGUUUUACAAAGUGUCCAUUAACCCCAAAGGCUCCUAGACAUGACCAGCGCCCUCCAUUGCGCCUUUCACUUGCAGAAAUGAGGCAGAUUUCAGCUUCCCUUUUUCAAGGACCAUCUUCUCGACUCUACCGCACGAAGCCACCUGGUUUGCCACGCCCAGGUUCCAGAUAUUUACCUUCUCACAGGGUAUUAUUUAAUGAGGAUGAGUUGUGCCAAGCAGUUUCCCAGAAUACCCUUCGUUGAGCAGAUCAAUCUUUUACACGUCAACUAUGCCAAUGUUGCCUUCAUUGUUUGUUUUUGGUAUAAGUGAUCAACUUACUUUUUUUUUAAGAUAAUUCUCACUUCUCGUGAGAUGUUGUGUAUAGUUAAGAGAAUUUUAGUUAAAGCAAUUCUACUUCAGGUUGUAACAAAGUCUCCUUGUUUGCAUCCAGAUCGGUAAAUAUAUAAGGAGUUGCCUAAGCAAAACACAAGUUCAUGUCCUAGGUUGGGGGUCAGAUUUUGUUAUACUGCAGUUUGCAGAGGCUGGCUACUAUAAUAAUGAGACUGCUGCAUUCUAUAUUCUGUAAUUUUGGUGUGCAUAAGAUGGAUGUCUAAGUUUUCUAUGUAAAUAAGUAUAGGAAAGCCUUGAUAGUUUUGAUACCAUGAGAAAAAUAGCUUGGAUUUUGUUGUAUUUUCAAAGCCUUUGAGGUUUCAAUUCGGAUCCUCGAAAGGUUUUGAAAUCGUCGAUGGCUAAUUUGUAUAAUAUAUCUAGUAAUGUUCAACUGUUUACAUUGCACUAGA